AAAACAUUGUUAGCGCGGGCGUAUUUCAUUGCCUUGCGCCAUCUAUUUCAAUCGCUUGCGGCUUUGGGGUUGAAUGUAGCCAUUGUUGAGAGCUCUGAACUUCGAUCGCACGAGCUUUAAAGCUCAACAUGUCGGAAUCAAUGGCUUCUAAUCAUGAAUUAAACGAAGAAGCAGAUGAUAAUCCAUCAUCGCCUACGAAUGUCUACAAAGAUCCGGAUGACGGGCGGCAGCGGUUCUUGCUCGAAUUGGAAUUUGUUCAAUGUCUUGCCAAUCCAACCUACAUUCAUUAUUUGGCUCAGAAUCGUUACCUCGAGGACGAAGCUUUUAUUGCUUACUUGAAGUACCUUCAAUAUUGGCAACAGCCAGAGUAUAUUAAGUACAUAAUGUAUCCUCAUUGCCUCUUUUUUCUUGAACUUCUACAAAAUGCAAACUUCCGAAAUGCAAUGGCUCAUCCUGCCAACAAGGAACUGACACACAGGCAGCAAUUUUACUUCUGGAAGAACUAUCGGAACAAUCGUUUGAAACACAUUUUACCUCGACCCCUACUCGAACCUGCAGCUCAGGCACCUGUGUCGGCCCCAGCCCCUGCUAUGGCAGCUUCUCCUGCUGGUACACCCCUUUCUCCAAUGCAGUAUGGUGUUCCCCCUGGUUCCGGGAUUUCAAAGAACGAUAUGAAGAAUGCAGGAAUCGAUCGACGAAAGAGAAAACACGAAAGAAGUAUGCCGUAGUUGGUGGAUGCUGGAUAGCAGCUCAUGAGGUAAUCUUUCAUAAACUUAACUUUCCAAGAGCUUCCCAUCACUUGGGAUCAUUCUUUUUGGCUUAAUUCAAGUAAAUGUUAUAAUUAUUGUUAUGGCGAGUUUUCGUACAACAUUUUAAUGUAUCGAAGUUUUAAAUUCUAAAAGAUUUAUACUUCAAGAGUA